CCUGUCACCGGUCACAGGCGGCUGCGGUGCCCGCCCCCAGCCCCGCUCCCCCCGCCCUCCCGUCCCGCCUCCCCCGCCGGAACCGGCGGCGCUGCCCCGCGCCGGCAUGAGGCCAGAGCCCGCCGGGCCGUCCUGACGGGAGCGGUUUGAGUUGAUCUGACUAACUGCAACAAUGGUGCAGAAGUAUCAAUCCCCUGUUCGGGUGUAUAAACACCCUUUUGAGUUAAUUAUGGCUGCAUAUGAAAGAAGGUUUCCUACGUGUCCUCUGAUCCCUAUGUUUGUAGCCAGUGACACUGUGAAUGAAUACAAGAGUGAGGAUGGAUCCAUCCACGUGAUCGAGCGGCGCUGCAAGCUGGACGUAGACGCACCGAGGCUGCUGAAAAAGAUUGCAGGCGUGGAUUAUGUUUACUUUGUCCAGAAGAACUCUUUGAACAGGCGAGAAAGGACUUUGCAUAUAGAAGCCUACAAUGAAACCUUCUCUAAUAGAGUGAUUAUCAAUGAACACUGCUGUUACACAGUUCAUCCUGACAAUGAAGACUGGACCUGUUUUGAGCAGUCAGCAAGUCUGGAUAUAAAAUCUUUUUUUGGUUUCGAAAGCACAGUGGAAAAGAUUGCCAUGAAGCAGUACACCAGCAAUAUUAAAAAGGGAAAAGAAAUAAUAGAGUACUACCUGAAGCAGAUGGAAGAAGAAGGAAUAACUUUUGUUCCUCGUUGGACUCCUCCUGUUGCAUGUAAACUGGAGAGUAGCACAUCCCACACGAGACAACCAGUUUCACCUGCUAUUAAUAUACCAGAUUCUGCCACAAAGGAGGUUGUGAACAAUAAGGAAAUCCUCAAUACCUCAAGCAGCCCCUCGGAGCCCACAGCAGGAACACCUGAUGACAAGCUGGAUGCAGACUACAUCAAACGUUAUUUGGGGGACUUGACCCCAAUGCAGGAAAGCUGCCUCAUCCGACUGAGACAGUGGCUCCAGGAGACACACAAGGGCAAAAUCCCAAAGGAUGAGCACAUUUUAAGAUUCCUGCGUGCCCGAGACUUCAACAUUGAUAAAGCAAGAGAAAUCCUUUGCCAGUCACUGACUUGGCGUAAGCAGCACCAGGUAGACUAUAUUCUAGACACCUGGAACCCUCCUCAGGUCCUCCAAGAUUACUAUGCAGGUGGCUGGCAUCACCAUGACAAAGAUGGUCGCCCUCUGUAUGUGCUGAGGUUGGGGCAGAUGGAUACCAAAGGCUUGGUGAGAGCUCUUGGGGAAGAGGCCUUGCUUCGAUACGUUCUUUCCAUAAAUGAAGAAGGACUGAGACGAUGUGAGGAGAAUACAAAAGUAUUUGGCAGGCCAAUAAGCUCUUGGACCUGCCUAGUAGAUCUGGAAGGCUUGAAUAUGAGGCAUUUAUGGAGACCAGGAGUCAAAGCAUUGCUGAGAAUCAUUGAGGUGGUUGAAGCCAAUUACCCUGAGACUUUGGGUCGUCUUCUAAUCCUGAGAGCACCUCGAGUAUUCCCAGUUCUUUGGACACUGGUUAGUCCAUUCAUUGAUGACAACACCAGAAAAAAAUUCCUUAUUUAUGCUGGAAAUGACUACCAGGGUCCUGGGGGACUGCUGGAUUACAUCGAUAAAGAAAUUAUCCCUGAUUUUCUUGGUGGAGAGUGCAUGUGUGAAGUCCCAGAGGGUGGGCUGGUUCCCAAGUCCCUCUAUCGGACAGCAGAGGAGUUGGAAAAUGAAGACAUAAAACUUUGGACUGAAACAAUCUACCAGUCUGCAAGUGUCUUCAAAGGAGCUCCACAUGAGGUUCUCAUUCAGAUUGUGGAUGCCUCAUCUGUCAUCACGUGGGAUUUUGAUGUCUGCAAGGGCGACAUUGUUUUUAACAUCUUUCAUUCCAAAAGAGCCCCCCAGCCUCCUAAAAAGGACACUCUGGGAGCCCACAGUAUUACAUCUCCUGGUGGGAACAAUGUCCAGCUGAUAGACAAAGUCUGGCAGCUGGGACGUGAUUACAGCAUGGUGGAGUCUCCUCUGAUCUGCAAAGAAGGGGAGAGUGUGCAGGGCUCACAUGUGACCAGGUGGCCUGGCUUUUAUAUUCUCCAGUGGAAAUUCCAUAGCAUGCCUGCCUGUGCUACAACCAACCUGCCUCGGGUGGAUGAUGUUCUGGCAUCUCUACAGGUCUCCUCUCACAAAUGUAAAGUGAUGUACUACACAGAAGUAAUAGGAUCUGAAGAUUUCAGGGGAUCUAUGACCAGCCUUGAAUCAAGCCACAGUGGAUUUUCUCAGCUCAGUGCUGCCACCACCUCUUCUAGCCAGUCCCAUUCCAGCUCCAUGAUUUCCAGGUAGUGCCACAACAGAUGAAAAGCAAAUGGAUGAGAUGGCUGGACCCUCGCCUGUGGCAGCUGACUGCAAUAUUCAACUGGCAAUUGUGCAAAAAAACCCCACCCCACAAAAGCCUUUUUUAGAUAGUAAAGUAGCUGUUUGAAUUUUAAAGUUAGUGGUUUUGGUCCUUGUUAGAUCCAACAGCUUGUCUCCUAACUUUAACCCUUUUUCCUAACUCAGCCAUAAAUAUUUUUACAAGUGUGCUUGCACAGAUGCUAACUCUGAACACAAGGGCUCUCACUGAAAGGAAAAAUAACCAAUGCAUCAGUUAAGAAUCAUUUUUCUUUACCUGUGUAAAUGCUACAAAGCAAAAAAAAAAAAAAAAACAAUCUACCAAAAAUGCUCUGUAGUGCACUAGAGAUCAACUGCAAGUCUCCUGUCAGGACAUUCCUUGCCAUCUUAAGAAACCCCCUGUGAUCUUCCAGUGCUGCAAACUGUUCUCCCAUUGCCACUCAGUGGUGUCUGAGACAAAAGCAGUUGCUGGAUACUUGACUUUGUGAGUCCAUUUUUUCAAAGCAUGCCCACAGAGCUGUGGCCAGGCUGUAAACACUAAUGCCUUUUGGAUGAGCACAUUUCUGGGGAGCUCUGGGUCUUGAUGGGUUAAAGCAUUUCCUUCUUUCCUUGGAUUUAUGCUUGAAGCUUUGUGGAGAGGCAAAGAGCAGGCUCUCCCUCACUGGGUCACACUGGGCUGAUCUGGAAUUGCUCUGAGGAUUUGUUCUGUGCUGGAGCUUCACUCUCCUUCCUUGGCACACUCCAUGUGAAUUGUUGUUACUGAGACUGCUCUUACCAGGAAUUUAUGCAGAGCUGAAGCUUGCUUCUUAAAUCAGUCUAGAGGAGGUAUUGCUGACAUCCUUCCUGUGCACUUUCCAGUCUUCCUGCCUCCUGUCCUUCCCUCUGCAUGGCAGAAACUGAGCACUUCAGUUCUCAGCACUGGGAGCUCAGAGUGCUGCUCUGGGGGAUGCUCUGAGCAGUGUCUGCUUGGCUGUUUUCCCCACUGCUCCUGCCAGCAGUGAACUGCUCUGUUGGAUUUUAUCCCUGUUCCACCUGAGGCCCAAGCAGUUCUGCUGGAACUCUUCUUGUUCAAGUCUGCUCAGGUAUUCUCUCACUUUGAGCCCUCUCUCCCAUACACAGCAAGAGAGGUACAAGACUGAAGUGCUGAGCAAAGGGCUGUCAGAAGGCAACUACAGACCAUGCACAGUGAAGCAGAAAAGGUUUGUCUGAAAUGCAGCAAGAUUUACAUAAUCAGACCCUUUCAGUCCUGCCUCACUCUCUUAGAGCUAAACCAUCCAGGCUGAAGGAGCUGCUGUGCUGGCUGCAGUCCUGCUGGGAAGGCAGGAUGGGCUCUACUUAAAGUCUUGGGGAGGCAACAGGGUUGUGAGUGGUAGAGGAGCUUGUAGAGAUCUUGCACUUUCAGAGCAGAUAUUGGAUGCUCUGGAUGAGGGAAGCUGGUUCUGAAUGCUCUGGAAGCCUUUUACAGCUGCAGAGCUUCUGAGAGGCAGGUUCCUAACCAGUUCUGGCUGUGGAACCUGGCAAACAGAGGUGAAAAAAAUGUAUUUUAGUAACAGAUUUAGAGGUGCUGGGAGGCCAGUCUCCUUCAACUGAACCAAGCUGGUCUAUCUUGUUUUCCUGGACUUAAGCAUUGAAGAUGGAGGUCAGACUGUCACUUAUGCUGUCACAGUGUGCAGCUGUGUGGGACAGGCCACCACACCAGCAUCUCCCCAGCUGGUGUGUGCAGGGCUGCCAGCCACACACUGGGGCUGCAAAGGGGGCACCCAGCUUGCUGGAGAAGUGCUUUGGUUCUUGAGGUGCAGAAACCAGUACUUUUUCCAGGUAUUCCAAGCUAUUCCCAGGCACAGGGGAGCUGAUGCAGCAGGAGGCAGGGUGAGGUUAAUGUCACUCAUGGCUCUUUGCAAAUGCCACUUUGCAUUUCUAUCAGGCUGUAAGGGUGAAGAUGGACCCCUUUCUUUUUUUCUUUCUUUCUUUCUCUCUCUCUUUCUCUCUUUUUCUCUCUUUCUCUCUCUCUCUCUCUCUCAGAUGGCGAUUUUGCUGACAACUGUAAAGAAACUGCUCCGCCCAGCUCUCCACAUCUGUCCAGAGGUGUCUGGCUCUGUAGACCUUUUUGAGUUGCAGUCACUUUUCAACUCUGAAGAUCUCUAUUUUGUUUUUCACUUGAGCUGGCUCAGAAGUGGCACUUUGGGUUUUUUCCUGCUGUUAAUCUUGACACAUCUUUUAGAGCUCUCAAAGCACAUGACAGCACAGACAGCUGGAGAGAGAAAAUUCCAGUCAAACAAUAGUUAAUCCUCUAAGCAAAGUGCUGUGGCAAUAUGACUUGAUCACUGCAGUCUGACUAAUUAAUUUCCCACACUCUGGUCUUUCUUUGUGUGGUAUUAUUGCUCGUCUUCCUUUUCUCAACCAAUAACUCAUCUGUUGGCUGUGUCCCUGUUAUCAGUGUCCUUCUGCACUUUCCUGUCUGUACUCAUAAACUGCAUAUCAAAUUCUGUAAAUGUUUUGUAUACAUAAUACCUCAUUCUUGGUAAUAAUAUAGUCUUUAAAAGAUUUUUUUAUCGUUAUCAAUAAAUGUGAACUGUUUGGAAAAA